AUGCCCACUCGCCAUCCCCGCAUACCAAAUGUCAAACCCACGGAUCUAUCAAUUCACUUCGCUCCCAUACGUUAUUUGGUGCAAGUCGCUGCAUCAGUGCCCUGCCGCGCCCCGAUUACCACGCUGAGAAGACCGAUUACCUUCUCCACACCCGCCGCCUCCAAACUCUACAAGCCGAUAACUGCGAACGCCGCGACUAAACACGAUAGCUCUGUCGCAAAGAUGCCUGAGACUAGCGUUCGGCGCGUAGAUCCUCAGAAACUGGGAAAAAUCACGUUCAAGAAGUCAGAGGAUUUAAUCGAUGAAUGGGACAUAGAAUACGACGAUACAGAGGGCGAGGCUAAUGCCGGAACACUAAAGCAAGCAGCGGAAGAGCUUGUGAAUACGAACAUCCCGGUCGCCUUUCCAACAGAGACCGUAUACGGACUUGGCGCGGAUGCGACAAGAAGCGCGGCCGUGAAGGAGAUCUUCGCGAGCAAAGGACGACCAGCCGACAACCCUUUGAUCGUUCAUAUACACUCUUUACCUCAGCUACGAUCGCUGCUUCUGGGGAAACUAGACGUAGUAGGAGACGGGAAGGAUGCUGGGAAGGAUCCCAUACCAGAUAUCUACAGGCCGGUGAUUGAGCGCUUCUGGCCCGGGCCGCUCACCAUCAUCCUACCGGCUCCGGAGAAUUCGAUCCUCGCGCCAGAGGUCACGGCAGGCCUUCCGACUUUUGGCGCACGAAUGCCGCGUUCUAUCAUCGCCUUGUCUUUGUUACGGCUAUGCGGUCGCCCACUCGCCGCACCAUCCGCAAAUGCGUCCACACGACCUUCGCCCACCGCUGCGGAACACGUUUACGACGACUUGAACGGCAAGCUAAAUCUGAUAAUCGAUGGCGGGCCAUGCGAAGUGGGAGUUGAAAGCACAGUCAUAGACGGACUAUCGAGCCCACCUGCGAUACUACGACCUGGUGGUGUCACAGUGGAACAGUUACGGCAAUGCCCGGGAUGGGAGAACGUAGUUGUUGGUUACAAGGAUAAGCAAGCGGAAGAUUCGAGUAAACCACGCGCGCCCGGGAUGAAGUACAGACACUAUAGUCCGAAGGCAUCGGUUCUUCUGUUCGAGGCAGGCGCGAGCCAACCUACAUCGGACGAGCUGAAGAGCAAGAGGCGCAUUGGUGUCAUUCGGACCAAGAGUUGGGAUAGAGUGUUAGGUUUGGGUGCCGAGAAGGUGAAGACAUCGGAUACGAAUGGACCAGGAAUUUGCGCUUCACCGGACAUGGCCGCAUCUCUAGAUGCCAACGACUCGCCGUCGCGCCUUUCGAACCUUCUACGAUCUGUCACCCAGCACCAAAUACCGCACGCCGACCACUACAUUGUGAAGCCCGAGGCAGUCCAGGUUUGGGAGAUCAACCUUGGUGCGAAGACCGAGGAUGUUGCCAGAGGCCUAUUUUCAGCACUAAGAGAGCUCGACAAGAAAGGCGUCGAGGUCAUAUAUGUGGAGGGUAUCGACGAUAAGACAGGUGACGAUAUUGCCGCUGCGGUCAUGAACAGACUCAGAAAAGCGGCAGAAAUCAGGAUAUGA